CGCGCGGCAAACCGGACGCUGGGUCAUGCGCCGCCGCCUGUGGCUGGGCCUGGCCUGGCUGCUGCUGGCGCGGGCGCCGGACGCCGCGGGAACCCCGAGUGCGCCGCAGAGAACGCGCAUCUACCCGCACCUGGAGGGCGACGUGCGCUGGCGGCGCCUUUUCUCCUCCACUCACUUCUUCCUGCGCGUGGACCCCGGCGGCCGCGUGCAGGGCACUCGCUGGCGCCACGGCCAGGACAGUAUCCUGGAGAUCCGCUCUGUACACGUGGGCGUCGUGGUCAUCAAAGCAGUGUCCUCAGGCUUCUACGUGGCCAUGGACCGCCGGGGCCGCCUCUACGGGUCGGUGAGUGCCGGGCAGGGCCGGGCGGCACGGGCGGGGUGGGGGGGUCGGCCGGCCUCACCCCCACCCGCAGCGGCUCUACACUGUGGACUGCAGGUUCCGGGAGCGCAUCGAAGAGAACGCACACAACACCUACGCCUCCCAGCGCUGGCACCGCCACGGCCAGCCCAUGUUCCUGGCACUGGACAGGAGGGGGGGGCCCCGGCCAGGCGGCCGGACGCGGCGGUACCACCUGUCCGCCCACUUCCUGCCCGUCCUGGUCUCCUGAGGCCCCGAGAGGCCGGCGGCUCCCCAAGGUGCCCAGGCUGGUGGCGAGGGCCCAGCCAUGCUUGUUCUUCCCCUUGCUGGCCCCGUAAGCGCUGAGUGCCCACGGCGUGUGGACGCUGGGGACACAGCACAGGAGCCCCCAGCCUGAGGGGACGGCGGCCACCAAGCAGAUCCAAUCCUGAGUUGGCGACCUCGAGGACCCAACAGGGCACCUCCCGGGCUGAAGGAUGCGGACGUCGAAAGGUUGAGGGGGAUGUCCCAGGCAGGGCCCUGCAGAGGCAAGGGCUCAGGGUCGGCAGCAUGUU